CUGCUCAAGAAAAAUGAUUUUGCGUACUGCUGUAUUACUGUUGUCUUUGCAGUUUCUUACAACAAAGGCUAUAGCAGAUUAUGGCCAAGAUAUUAGUGUUGAAAGUACACCCAAGAUUGAACACUAUCUUAUCCAGCUAAAUGGAAACUCAUCAGUUCUUGUUGCCCAGAGCUUAGAAUUCAUUUCGUUAUUACAAAACUCACUUGCAAACUUGACAGACAGUGACAGCUUAGAUAUAGUCGUUAAUGAAUUAAGUUUUAAACCGUUUUUUGUAAAUGUGAGUUUAUUCUUUAACCUUAAUAUCAGUAGAAUUAAACUUUCAGUUGAAAAUAAUUCUCCUUUAUUUUAUUAUAACAAUGAAUAUUUUUCUAUAAGUAACUUUAUCUCUGAGAAAGAAAUGUUUAUUCCUAAACCCCACUAUGUGAGCAAACUUCAUGCUAUUACUCAAACAACUUUGCUAAUAAUAGCUUCAAUACUUUUAUUCAUUUGCUCUUGUAUCUUCAUUUAUGUCAUUAUAAGAAUACACUAUAAAAGUAGGAAACACAGACGAGCUUCCACAAUAGAUUGCGGAUUUAAAAAUGGAAUCCAUCAAUAUACGGAGAUAGAUAUUCAUCCCGACCUUGAAGUUUCAAAUGAUAAACUAGAAAAUCUUCCUUCCAAAGUUUCCAACAACAACAGUUCCCCUUCCAGAAGUCCUGUACCGUUGAGGAAAAAAUCCUCGAAACUGCGGAACAAUAGUGUACACAAUUCUGAAGGAUUGCACAUGAGUUCUAAAGAUCUGACGAAUGGCGGAGUUAAACCUAGUCCUAGACCUUCGAGGAAUAGUACUGGAACCAUUCGGCAUAAACCCCCACCACCAAGGAGAAGUAGUUCAUUAAUAACUACGAUCAAGACCCCUCGGCCACUAUCUGUUCCUGCACCAUGUCAUCUUGCAAAUGCACCAGUUGAAUCGUUCUCCUAUCCCAAGGUUAUAUCUACGGAAGAUAUAGAGAAGGCUGUAAUCUAUGUUCUAACCACACUAGAAGAUGUAGAAGAUGUAGAAGAAGAAAUACUAAUCCAAGAAAAUUAAAUAAAUAAAUUUUAACAUUAACAUU